UCUCACCAGAGCACUUCCAGGAAACGGAAAGCCUGAGGGAGGCUCUGCUGUCCUCUCGAUCCCACCUUCAAGAGCUCGAGAAGGAGCUGGAGCAUGAGAAGAUGGAAAGCAGCAGCUUUUGGAAGACUUGAGGGAGAAGCAGCAAGAGGUCUUGCGUUUCAGGGAGGAACAUCUUUCCCUCCAGGAAAACGACUCCAGACUGCAGCACAAGCUGGUCCUCCUGCAGCAACAGUGUGAAGAGAAACAGCAGCUCUUUGAGUCCCUCCAGUCAGAGCUACAAAUCUAGGAGGCACUUUAUGGCAAUUCCAAGAAGGGGCUGAAAGCUUACAGCCUGGAUGCCUGUCACCAAAUCCUUUUGAGCAGUGACCUGAGCCACCUGGUGGCAGAGGUACGAGCUCUGAGAGGGCAGCUGGAGCAGAGGAUUCAGGGGAACAAUUGUCUGCGACUGCAGCUGCAACAGCAGCUGGAUAGCAGUGCUGGCAAAGCCAGCCUCAGCCCCUCCUCCAUUAACCAGAACUUCCCAGCCAGCGCUGACCCUGGAAACAAGCAGCUGCUCCUCCAAGGUGGGGAACUCAGUGUGUGGCAAAAUGUUCCUGCCCCUAAGGAAACAGGGCUCUGGGGAAGUCCUGGAUGAUUCAGCUGUGUCCCCUCCAGUCCGGGAUGUUGCGAUGAAUUCCCCAGCUCUGGUCCUCCCCAGCUCUGCUUCCUCGACUCCUGGCUCAGAAACGGCCAUAAUCCACAGAACAAAUGGCUUGGGUUUGGAUACUUCUCCAGUAAUGAAGACCCCUCCCAAGCUGGAGGGUGAUGCUACUGAUGGCUCCUUUGCCAAUAAGCAUGGCCACCAUGUCAUUGGCCACACUGAUGACUACAGUGCCCUACGACAGCAGAUUGCGGAGGGCAAGCUGCUGGUCAAAAAGAUAGUGUCUCUUGUGAGGUCAGCGUGCAACUUCCCUGGCCUUGAAGCCCAAGGCACAGAGGUGCUAGGCAGCAAAAGUAUUCAUGAGCUUCGGAGCAGCACCAGUGCCCUGCACCAUGCCCUGGAGGAGUCGGCUUCCCUCCUCACCGUGUUCUGGAGAGCGGCCCUGCCAAGCACCCGCAUCCCUGUGCUGCCUGGCAAAGUGGGAGAAUCAACAGAAAGGGAACUUCUGGAACUGAGAACCAAAGUAUCCAAACAGGAGCGGCUCCUUCAGAGCACAGCUGAGCGUCUGAAGACCGCGAACCAGCAGAAGGAGAGCAUGGAGCAGUUCAUCGUCAGCCAGCGUGAAAUCCCUAAGGGCUCUGCCGUGUACUCCAGCCUUGUGACCCUUGCCUUCCAGGCACCAUGCAAGAAGCGCAGCCACCAGAAGUCCUUAAAACAGCAGGAAAGGUGGGCCUGUGCCCCUUUUGUGCAGCUACCUAUCUGCUGAGGAGCAUCUGGGCCUCGUUCCUCCAAGUCCACCGGAGGGUCCAGAAGAGGGAGUCAGAGAUGUAUCCUGGUGGAGCUGGGAGAAAGCCGGAAAGCCUUUCUGAGAGCUAUGGAAUACCGUUAGCCAAGGUCCACUUGGCCAAGCACUAAGCAGAAGAUGCGUAGUUUGCAUAGAAGUUUUCGUGGUACUGCUUCUCAGCAGCCCCAGCAGCUUGGGAACUAGCAACAGCACAUUUCUUGCCUCAUCAGCUGUCCUGAGACGGAAAGCUCAGUGGAUAUAGGACCCUGAUUCCAAUGAAUGGGGCACGUGGUCCCAAUGCUGGAGCUCCUCUGGCAGGUUCUAAAAGCACACUACUGAGCAGCGGUGCCCUGCCGGACACUGCUGGCGGCACUCAGUGAGCACUACUCACAGAUCCACACCUGACCCUGCUGGGUCGAGUCAGGCUGGGCUUUGGUCUGCACUGCAGCACCUGUGUUCUUGGAGUUCACAUCAUGAAUGUGGUGAAUUCCCAGAUACCAUCUCAGGCUUAACCUAGCACAUCCGAUUUCUUUUCUUGUGUGAUAUCCAAAUUGGACUGACCUCACUUCAAAUAUGCUGUCCCAUUUUGUCAUCCUACCUUACCUCAGGGAAAUUGGGGACUGAUGGCCAGACCAACUCUGUUGAAAUUCUUGCAUAGAGCAAACCUGUGCUCAUUUUUAAGUGGCAUGGGAGAGGCCCCCAGCCAUAGUAAAGCCUAGUCUGUGUCUUUGCAGUGCUGAUAGAAUAUGUGUGUGUGUAUAAAUGUAUGAUAUAGGUUUAUAUAUGUUGCUAUUGCCAUGUAUUGAAGGCCAACAUAACUGGUGGACAGGGUGGGUGACAGAUAAUGAAAAUGUUUUUGGUGAUU